ACCCCUCUCGAGCGCGCGCGAGCAUUCGGGAUUCGAGGCGGUGUGGAAACUCGAGCAGACAGCCAGUCGCUCGCCGUACGCUCCACACGACGUGGCUCGAGAGUGCCGCCUGGCCGAUAUCGAGAUAAACGACGACGAUGAUGACGGUGGUGUGAUGGCAAUCCUCGUCAAUCGAUCCCGGUCCACGUCGUAACUCGGCAUCGUCCUGAAACGCCGACGGACACUCGGCGAUCUCUCGCGCGUCCCAAUUACUCGAUCGUCGAUCGUCCCUCGCCGGAAUCCACAGGUACCUUCGCAGGUUGUGGAGGUCGACGGUACUCGCGCGCGGAACCGCCGGAUCGGAUUGCAGCUGUCGCCGUGAAUCGAUUAGGAGCAAUCGGGAGAUAUCGCGUUUCCUAAAUACCCUAGUUCAGACAAGAAUCUCGUCGUGCGACGUGCCUGCUAUGUCGGCCACGAGAUCGUGAAGCGGACGAGACGACUUGCAGGGGCACGAAGGGUUUAGGGGCGAGACUCGGCCGGAAAAUCGACUGGCUUCGAGAUCAAACGCGCACACGAGGGAGUAUCCAGUAAACGGUGAUCGAUCGGGGAUAAUCGCUCAUUUCCGCCGAUCAGUGACGACCCUUAUGGACCAGCGCGUGAGGCGUGUACGCGUUUCGUCGGCGCGGCUCCGUUUUAGCUGUUGCAGGACCAAAUUUCUGGCGAGGAAAUUCAACGUCGAUCGACGGGGCAGCGACGCGGCGAAAUUAGCUGGAAGUGCCGGCGGAUCGGAUUAACGUGAUUGCCGUCGUUGCGAAUAGCAAUUCCGCCGUGCCUGCUAAUGGCUGCUGAUCCAACUGGAGACUCAAACAGUGACAGUGAAUCAAUCGCGAGGAGCGAAGGCUGAAAGGGGGCUAAGCCGCAGGGAAGAGAGUUGGCGGGGUGCGGACAACCGAUGAGAGAAGUUCAGAGAAGAGUGCAAGUUUGCGGGGAAGAUUGAGGGACGCGAUCCGAGCGGCCGGAAAAGGGGCGCAAGUGUUAUUUCCAUAGAGAAUUUAAUAAGCCUUCGUAAACGCCGGUGGAUCGGAUACGACGUCGACGGGGGUUUUCGAUCCGCUGUCGCAAAAUAUUUCAGGCGAUCCGUCGGCACUGAAUGGCGCGGCUUAAGACGGCUUCCCGUGUGCAUCGCCGUAAUCGCGCGCCGCGCGUAAUCGAAACGAUAGUAGACUGAGGAGCUCGAAGGCUUUUCCCUCGUGGUCGUACCCCUCUUUCGCUUUCUCUUCGUCCCCCCCCCUCUCUCUCUCUUUCUCUGUCUCUUUCUCUCUCUCUUGCCGGUUCGAUUUUAACGGCAGACACGCGAUACCAGGAGCGCUUCGCCAUGUACGCGUAACAUCAUGUCGACGUCUGUGCGUGACACAUCGUCCUCCCGUGGCCACGUCGAAAGUGACGGUGCACCCCUCGGCGCGUCGAGGAGUGUCAACGGAACGAGACUCCGAUCUGCCGGUUCACGACAACGCGGAUGCAGGAUCACAUAGGCCGUGCUCUCGCGACGUCACGACUCCAUGGAUCGAUCGCGCGGAAGACUCGCCGUGAUCUGGGAAUGUCCCGUCGCGGAUAAUCGUCGAUCGUCGAGCGACGUUGCUGCCGGGAUGGACGAAAUCCUGGAGGUAGGAUUCAACUGAUACGCGUCUAAGCCGGGGAUCCUGGAAAACUGUGCGACCGGCCAAGGGGCCGGCUGGAAACAGUACCUCUUCUUGCUGGCAAAGAGGAUCAAGGAGCCUUAUCGUACUUGCUACCCAGACGAAGAAAAAGAACUCGAGGAGAGCGAGAAGAGACGACGGAAGGAAGAGACGAAAGGGAAGAGAGCAGGGAACCUGAACGUAGCCGCGAAGAUAAGUGACCUGAAGAUGUCGGGCGUAGGCAGAAAGAUGAAAUCCCGGGCGAGACGCUCCAAGAUCUCGUGAUUGGUGUCAGCGGCUGGCUGAGGGGACAAGGUCGAUCGCGUAGGUCGACCGUGAUGGAGGCGAGAGCGAAUGACACGUUCGUCAAGUCGGUCCUUCGAAACCUCUCGCUGACCCGCGAGCAUCGGCACCUGGACGAGCCACCCGGAGGAGAGGUGGUCUCAAACGCCAUCGAUGUUGUCACUACGAUCGUGCAGGAGGAGAAGAUGGCGGACUUUCUGGGCGAUGCCCUCGCGAGGAAUGACAGCGACGUCGACGGCGGCGAGUCCAGUUGGUUCAACGACUCGACGACGACCGCCGCCGUCUCGACCCUGUCUGCCUCCUCGUCCUUCGCGGAAUCCACGUCGUCGUAUUCCACCUCGAGUGUCGACAACUACACCGGCAGCGUGUCCGACCUCUUUGCCUUCGACGACCUGAGCGAUUACAUCAACCGACUCAACUACAGCGUGCUUGUGAACCUGACGGCCUACUACGACGACGGUGCGGGUCUGAAUCUCACUAGCGUCAAUUGCACGUCGUCGAUAGUCGCCGGGGGUGCCGUUAGGCCGGGCGAGUGCGCUGGAACCGCCGGCGUCGACGAGAAGUCUAACCCGAACAGCUGGUGGGCCCUAAUACUCGUGAUCGUGCCGUGUUUGACGCUUUUCGGUAACGUGCUCGUCAUCCUAGCGGUGGUGAGGGAACGGGCGCUGCAGACUGUCACUAACUACUUCAUCGUCAGCUUGGCGGUCGCCGAUCUCCUCGUGGCGGUGCUCGUUAUGCCGUUCGCCGUCUACGUACUGAUAUCCUGCGAGUGGAGCGUUAAGACUACUCUCGUAUGUACGGAACGAAGAUUCGCACAUGUACAUGUUCGUUAAAUGUGAUGGCCCCAUCUUCUGGUGAGAGAUAUCAAUUAUUAUCAUCGUAUUCAUUAAGCGGCCUUAAUUUAUCAUGCCUGUUGCUACUUAUUCAGUAUUUUAGCAAAAAUAAUUACAAACAGAACAAUGUAACAUGUAUGGAAUUAAUGGAACAUUAUUACAAAAUAGGGAGAUUAUAAUCCAACCAAAAUGCCACCAUCAGUUUAUUAAAAAA